AUGUCGAUAGGGCGCGUUUGGAUGUAUUUGUGGAGCACGGAAGAAAGUGCUGAGCCGCACAACCGCAUUCCCGGCUCUCUGCAUCCCCAAGCAUCGAAUCCUCGUGCUUGUUUACUUCACAACAUCCCGUGGGUUAGACACGAAGGUGACAAGGCCUUCUACAUCAUGGCCUCGUCUGCUAGUCCACUACCGGACCUGUUAUUGGCAACAAAAUCAGAUGAAUCGGAAGCACCAACACCAACAGAUGAGUGGGAUACCACACUCUUCGCAUUCCACGACCUAGACUACGUUCCUUCUGGAUAUGGGGGCAUUCUAGCUCCGUAUAUCGAGACUGGACCCGGGACUAUGCGCGCCGCUGUCAAGCUUAUGGGCCUCGACCUCGUGCCGAAUGCGAGUCUUCCAUUCGUACGACAAGUCAUAUGCGACCUUGGCUCUGGCGACGGCGAGUUUCUCAUCGGCCUGCUUGGAUAUGUCAAUGCCAUUACCAAUACGACGACUACUAGUGCGGUUCAUGGCAUGGGCAUCGACUACAAUGCCGCGCUGAUCGAUACAGCGAACGUGAAUGCAAUAUCGGCCGGGGUGAACGCGACAUGGCUGAUCUACGACUUCAAUGAGGACCAGGAAGAUCUUGUUGGUCAGCUAGUUGCGGAAGGUGUCACCCAUGUGUUUACCUACCUUGUCCCCAAGCAGCUUGCGCUCAAGACUGUGCGGGCUAUUCUGACAAGAUUGUGCGAGAGUGGGGUGAUGGUUUGCUGCCACAAGUUCCAGCCGAACUACCUAACAGCGACGAGACGAGACACAUUGAUGGACUUGGCAGUGUACGAACACGCACCUCGCGUCGAGGCGGGCUGA